UCAUGGCCUUGACCCUCAACUCGAGCAGCCCUAGCUGGACUCCCCCAGGCUUAGCCCCAUUUGGCAUCUCACUGAUUCAAGAAAUAGGUGCAUAAAAUAUACCCAAACCCACCUCGACUUCCAUCAGGUCUUCCUUCAACCCCACAGCCGUCCCUGUGGCCGUGCUUUGGCAGAGAAUCCCAAGCUUUGGAUUUAAAACGAGUUGACUGCUUCUUUUUAAUAAAAAUAUUCCUCCCCUCUUUAAAUAGAACAUGUCACAGAGCCAGUGGGGCUGUUUGUGAAGACGAGGCAGCUCAGAGAGGAGAAAGAGGGAAAAAAAAGUAAAAACACCCAUCUCCCCAAACCCCUUCUGCCUAAUCCAACUGAAUUAGAGGAUUUUGAAGUGGAUUUAAAACUAAAUCUUGAUUAGGGAGAAUUUCUCUCCAAGAGCUGCUGCACAGUAGUAUUAAUGGGAAGCGAUCGUGGACAGAGGAAAUAGGACAGAAAUAACCGAGGGUAGCACAGACGCGCUCACGUCUGUGCACAAGCUGAGAGAACCAGAGAAUUUCUCGUGAGGAAAAGGAAGAAAUUAAAGCAUCGACAUCACAGGACUCAGUGCCACGGGGCUGGAGGAGCGGGGAGCAGCCAGACCUGCCGAUCUGCCUUUAUUCGACACGGGGCUCGCAGGUGGGAAGCCAGCGGUGUGUGGAAGCUGGGAGGACAGGCAGCCCGUGCCCCCAUGCUCUCAGGACACAUGCCUGGAGGUGCCCAUGGGAUCCUGUCUCUGCUGACCGUGGUGUUUGUCCUCCCAGAGGUGUCUGGGCUCCGGUGCUACGGCUGCAACAUCAUUGUUGGCACCAAGUACGUGGACACGGGGUGCUCGAACCCAGAGGUGAUCACCUGCUCACACUCCCAUCAGGGCUUCAAACACCGGUUCUGCAUUAAGACUGAAAGUGUGGUCCUGGGCAUCCUGCUGACCAGCGGCUGUGCCACCUCCCGUCACUGCCAGCAGCAGGAGCUGCCGGGGGUCCGCAUCCACUGCUGUGACACCGAUCUCUGCAAUGGCUCUCCCCAGCCUCCCCCCAGCCUUGCUGGUGGCUGCCUCCUGCUGCCCAGCCUCCUGGCAGCCCUGCUGCUCUCCUGAGAUCCCCGAGGUUGGGGAGUGAUGAUGUGUGGCUCUGGGAGAGGAUGGGAGAGGGGAU